AUGACAAAAGUCACGAUCCUCCACCCCGUCGACAAUGGGGAGCGGUACCAGCUCAGCAGCCCGACGGCGAUGCCCAAGGCGGGCGGCUUCCUCUGGAACCACAAGAUGAUGAUCCACGCCACGUGCCGCGGGUACGCCACGGCGCAGUUCAUGCAGCCCGAGCCGGCAAAGUACUCGCACCCGCCCAACAUCGAGGCCAAGACCUUCAUGCAGCCCGAGCAAGGGUACUUUGCGCACCACCCGGGCCGCUUCGUCUACAUCCGCGACGACGAGUCCGGCCAGAUCUUCUCUGCGCCGUACGAGCCGGUGCGCGCGGCGCUGGACAACUUCAGCUUCGUCGCGGGCAAGCACGACAUGGCCUGGACGGCGGAGCACCUGGGCAUCCGGGUCGUCAUGACGCUCACCCUGCCGUCGCACGACGUUGCAGAGCUGUGGACCGUGACCGUGAGCAACCUGACGGAGCGCGCCCGCCGGAUCAGCGUGUACCCGUACUUUGUCAUCGGGUACAUGUCGUGGAUGAACCAGUCGGCCGAGUACCGGCCGGACCUGGUCGCCGUGGUGGGCAGCAGCAUCACGCCCUACCAGAAGGCCGCCGACUACUGGAAGAACAAGUACUUCAAGGACAAGACGUACUUCCUGUGCGAGACGCAGCCGGACUCGUGGGAGGCGAGCCUGACCGCGUUUGAGGGCGAGGGGGGCCUGCACAACCCGUCGGCGCUCCAGCAGGCCGAGCUGAGCAACAGCGACGCGCGGUACGAGACGCCCGCGGCCGUCGUGCAUGGCGGCGACACCAGGGAGUUCCGGUUCAUGUUUGGGCCGGCCUACGACGACGCCGAGAUCCGGUCGAUGCGGGAAAAAUACCUGAGCAAGGCAGGGUUCGCGGCGGCCACGGAAGAGUACGCCGCGUACGUGGCGGAGGGGCGGGGCGUGCUGACGAUGAGCACGCCCGACAAGGCGCUGGACAACUUUGUCAACCACUGGCUGCCGCGGCAGGUGUACUACCACGGGGACGUGAACCGGCUGGCGACGGACCCGCAGACGCGCAACUACCUGCAGGACAACAUGGGCAUGACGUGGGUCAAGCCCGCGGUGGCGCGGCAGGCCAUCCUGAUCGCGCUGGGCCAGCAGCGCGACAACGGGGCCAUGCCCGACGGCAUCAUCCUCGUCGAGGGCGCCGAGCUCAAGUACAUCAACCAGGUGCCGCACACGGACCACUGCGUGUGGGUGCCCGUCGCCGUCGAGGCGUACCUCACCGAGACGGGCGACUACAGCGUGCUCGACGAGGUCGUCGAGUCGGCCAACGGGGACAGGUUCACUGUGUUUGAGCGCGUCGGCCGCGCGAUGGACUGGCUGCUCUCGAGCGAGGCGCGGGACGAGCGCGGGCUGAGCUACAUUGCACAGGGCGACUGGUGCGACCCGAUGAACAUGGCGGGCAUCAAGGGAAAGGGCGUCUCGGGUUGGCUGACGGUGGCCACGGGGUACGCGCUGAAGCUGUGGGCAGAGGUUGUCGAGCAGCACAAGAAGGGCUCCGCGGAGGCCGAGCAGCUCGUCGAGCACUUCCGGGCGGGGGCGCGCGACGUCAACGCCGUGGCGAACAAGUACCUCUGGGACGGGGAGUGGUUUGCGCGCGGCAUCACGGACGACAAUGUCGUCUUUGGCGUAAAGGAGGACCCGGAGGGCAGGAUAUGGCUCAACCCCCAGGCGUGGGCCAUCCUCGGCGCCGCCGCCCACGAGCCCCAGCAGCAGCAGCAGGAACCAACAACAACGAAUGGCAACGGUGUGACGAAACCUACCAAGAUUGACAAGAUGAUCCGCAGCGUCGAGGAGCAGCUCGAGUCCCCGCACGGCCUGGCCAUGUUCGGCCCGCCCUUCAGCGGCAUGCGCGAGGACAUUGGCCGCGUCACGCAAAAGUACCCGGGCAACGGCGAGAACGCGAGCAUCUACAACCACGCCGCCAUCUUUUACAUCCACGCGCUCUACGAUCUGGCAGCUUCUUCUUCGUCGUCGCCGUCUUCGAGCAGCAGCAAGUCCUCCGCCCAGGAGACGGCGGACCGCGCCUACCGCCUGCUUCGCAAGAUGCUCCCCGGCCCGGACGAGAGCGACUACCUCCAGCGCGGCCAGCUGCCCGUGUACACCCCCAACUACUACCGCGGCGCCUGGCGCGAGUACCCGCGCACGGCGGGCCUGUCGAGCCAGCUCUUCAACACGGGCACCGUGUCCUGGCAGUACCGCUGCUUCAUCGAGGGCCUGUGCGGCCUCCGGGGCUGCAGGGAAGGGCUCACCUUCCGCCCGCUCCUGCCGAGCCACUGGGACCGCGUGGACGUAGUGCGCAAGUUCCGCGGGGCCGAGUUCGAGGUCGCCAUCCGGAGGGACGCGGGCGUCUCGGAGGUCACUGCGAGGUUAGCCGGGAGCGGCGAGGUGCUCGAGGGCGCGAGGUUCACGGCGCCCAUCAGGGAGGGCGAGACGUAUAAGAUUGAGGUGCUGGUGCCUGCUGCCGUGUAGAGAGGUUUAGGCUCGGCUUGCAUGGAAUGAACCCGGGCUUGUGGGGCGAGGGGUCUCAUUCCUUUUCUUUUGUUCAAAUGGGAUGCACCCGGCACGAUGGGUCGCGCUCGACAGUGACUUGGUAGAUUGUCCAUAAUCAAGGGAACUUGAACCAUCAAUUGCACUCCUAUUGAUGUCGCAGUAAUGCAUUGGGGAGGAACUUGCUCAGAUACACACCGUGAUGCCCGUGUGCUCUCGUUGUAGCUGUGGCGUUGGCCUGAAGUAGCGCUCGAUGUGGAGUAAAAUUGGGAAGAAAGACUUCGUGGUGGACAGAUAUGGUGUGACGGGUGGUCACUCGGUAGAAUGUGAGAGCCAGGAUCUUUGGCCUACACUUUGGACGAACACAUCAUAGAUCAUGGUGAUCUUGUGCGUUGAACCCUUGUCGCUUUGCCCCGGUUGCGGGUGGGACUACAAGCCAC